UGCGGCAGAGGCCACCAUGUCUCCAUGGUAACCGCUGCCGCGGCAGUUAGUCCGCAGCGGGAGGGGACACCUCAACAAAUUGGUGGUGAGAAACUUCGCUCAACGCGAAAUCAAAGUUCCUGCCUACCAAACUGAACACUUCACCCCGACCUUUCUGAGGCGAAUAACAGUAAAUUACUUCGUACAUUCGUCGUUCCUCAUUCACCGCGAAGCGGAGUUGGGGCCGUCAUCGACCGGUCGCCGAUUGGCUGACGCUAUUGUCCAGGCCGCCGGACCCCUUUACUAAUUGGUCGAUGUGGAUGUCUUUCUAGUAGGAAAGCGCACUGCGAGAUGUCGAGUUCAGAAUUCCCAGACCCCUUAAGAGAAUUGGCCACCGAGGAAACAUCCCCAGCAAUGUCACCACCCCUGGGACAACUAGAAGACUCAGACCUGAAUAUCUCUUCAGGUGAUCUAUCUCGUCCUGAAUCUUUGGGUGCAUCUGGAAUGCUGACAUCUCCGUUUCUGGGCAUGACAGAGGCCCGCUCACCAUCUCUAGAACUACCAGAGCCUUUGCCAACAGCCAAUCAAGAAGCCAUUCAUUUCCUGGCUUCACUCAUGCCGGAGGAAUUCAAGAAUAUUUACUUCACAGAGACCCUGAUGACGGUUUCUGAUACAGGGAAAGAGAUUGGUGAAUUUACUGUCACGAUGCAGCCUAUCUUGUAUCAUAGUUUCCCAGGUCUUAGUAUUCAUGCUAACAGCCACGGGUCCAUUGACUCUAUCCCAUGUGGAACAUCCAUCUCAGCUUACAUUUCUCUUGAGCUUGAAACAUUGGAACAGUAUCACCAGGAAUAUAUCAAGCUGAAGGAUCAACCGCUGAUGAAGAAAACAGAUAUUAAAAGAGAACCGCAUGGUUAUGUUGUGACGUGCGAAACCACAUCCAAACAGACUGUGACAACCGAGACCUUGACCUUCAGUCUGGAAGAAAUGCUUGGGUUUAUGUCAGAGGCCAGUAACCUGGCUCUUUUACGGAUCCUAGCCCAACGAAACAAAUUCUCCGACGACAUGGUCUUUCUUUCUUUCGACAGUGAAAUGAAGCUUUCUACUUCUACAUAUAUGAAUCUGGGACACAGAACAAUGAAGAUCGGAAAACAGGAGCGGGAUGUUCUUGGCAUCCAAAGGACAAUUCACUCAGAGAGAAGUGGCCCCAUGAGCUGGCAGUCCAACUUCCUGCCUUCUGGGCAUUUAACAAGCAGAGUGCAAGUGGGCUCCCCAGCUACAAUGGUGCUGACCCAGUUACCUCACCUGAGAGAAGUAGAUGAAGAGGAACCUAAACCAGUAUUUGAGAAGAAACCCUUGAUUUGGGAAGAAGACCUGCAGCUGUAUUCUAAAUUUAUCGACAGAACGGAGGCCCUCAAAGCUGACUACAAUAGCUACUUGAGACACCACCCAGAAUUGAGAUCAUUACUGGCUGACUUCCUGGAGUUUCUCCUCCUCCGGAAACCAGAGGAUGUCAUCACCUUUGCUGCAGAAUAUUUUGCCCCUUUCUCCGCUUUCCACACAGAAGGAAAUGCCUUCCACACCUCAAACAAGCCAAGCCCCUUCAAAGAACGGGAAGACUUAAAGUGAAAAAUUUUGUUGUUAUACUAUUUGCUUUUUGACCAUCGAUGUUUGUGUAGCACUUCACAUUAAAGUAGCCCAAAGUGCUUCUCACUUCAUGUAA